AUGAGGAAUCUAGCAAGAGUAGAUCACUACGCCUCUCUCGCGAGGGAGUGCAAGGAUUUAGAACAGGCCUGGGGGAUUCACUCGUCGGUGGUAGCGGCCGGAGGAGCGAUCCUUCGCGAUCGUUACCUCUCCAAUCUCCUGAUCGAGAUGUUUGGGCGGUGUGGCAGCAUCGAGGACGCGCAGCGCGUCUUCAGCCGGAUCGAUCAGCCCAACAUCUUCUCGUGGAAUCUGAUGCUCGGCGCUUAUGCCCACGCCGGGGAUGUGAAGAACGCCCAGCUCUUCUUCGAUCGAAUGCCCCAGAGGGACGUCGUCUCCUGGAAUUCCCUUCUCGCAGCGUAUGCCCGAGAGGGGCUCUUGGAUCAAUGCUGGAAGAUCUUCGAGCGAGCUCCACAGCGCAACGCGGUCUCGUGGGCAUCGAUCGUCUCGAUGCUCGUCAAGAACAGGCGAUUCCCAGAGGCAGUGGAUUGGUUCCUUCGGAUGGACGUGGAGGGAUUUAGGCCGAGUGGGCGAUGCUUUGUGAGCCUGCUAGAGGCUUGCACAGCUCUUGGGGAUCCAAAGCUUGGAGGAUUGAUCCACGAGGAAACCAUCGCGAGUGGAUUUGCCGCGAGGAAUGUGGUGGUGGCGAGCGCUCUUAUCAGAAUGUAUGGGGAGUUUGGGAAUUUGUAUCACGCAGAGGCAGUGUUUUGGAGAAUGGAGGACGUGAAUUUGGUGGCUAUGACUUCCAUGGUUAUAGCUUAUGCCCAAUCCGGGCAUAUUGACGAGGCCAAGAAUUUGUUCGCAAAGAUCAAGAAGCCGGAUGUUAUCGCUUGGACGUCUAUGAUCACUGCGUAUGGUGACGAGGGCGAUAUAAACGGAGCUAAGAAAAUCUUUGAUAAGAUGCUCGUAAAGAAUGUAGUGUCGUGGAACGCUCUUGUAACAGCAUAUGCCCAGAACGGGUAUCUUGUUCAAGCAAGACAACUUUUUGAUCAAAUGGCUUUUCGAGAUAGCACAACUUGGUUUCUAAUGCUCACAACUUACACCAAGAUCUUGCUUUUAGCGGAGGCUUUUGAUAUCUUUGCACAAAUGCCGAAGGAGAACUUAAUAGCCUGGAACUCUCUUCUUGCUGCAUAUGCCCAAGCCGGGCAUGCAGAAUCUGCAAUUGGGUUUUUCAAGCUUAUGGUACUUGAGGGAAUUUCUUGCAACGAAGUUACAUUUGUGAUCGUUCUUGAUGCCUGUGCUAGCAUUCCAGAUCUGAAACUCGGAAAAGCUCUUGACGAGGUGGUGUUGGGCUGUGGGCUUGAGUCAAAUGCUACCAUUGGGACCAGUUUGAUCGAUAUGUAUAAACGAUGCGGGAGCUUAGCGGGUGCUCGCAAGGCCUUUGCCAGAGUUUCCAAGCCCGACGUUAUAUGCUGGACGUCUCUCAUGCUUGCGUAUGCCCAAGCCGGGCAUACCAAAGAGCCACUGGAGCUCUUCUGGGCGAUGUGUAACGAUGGUGUCGGACCAAACGAAGUAACGCUAGCGGGGGUUUUGUAUGCGUGUUGUCACUCUGGAAAGCUGGAGGAGAGCAAGGCUUACUUUUCCUCGAUCGAGCAGGACUUUGGCUUGAUCCACACGGUGGAUCACUUCGUUUGCUUGGUUGAUAUGCUAGGAAGAUCUGGAAGGCUGGACGACGCCGAGGAGAUGGUUAGAGCUGUGGGUUUGGAGUCGGAGAUGGUGGCUUGGGUGGCACUGCUUGCUGCUUGCAAGCUUCAUGGCGAUGGCGAGAGAGCUCGCCGGAUCGCUGAAAGCGUGUUUAGGAUGGAGACGAAGGAAGAAUCGCCAUAUCUUUUGCUUGCAAACGUUUGCUCUGAUCAAGGGCAACGUAUGGCUUUGCAGAAACUCCCUGUAUCUUCCUGA